CUUCAGUUGACGAAUCGCGAUGAUGACAGAGAAUGGAAGAGUCCGUGAAUGAGUGAGAAAGAGAGAGCGAGGAGAGAGAAAUACAGUAGUAGUGUGUGGGAAGAAUGGAUAAGGUCUGAAUUUACUGUUAACCCUCUCACAAGAAGUUCGUAGAAACGCCAUGGCUGGGUUCACCAGCACCUUCCCUUUCAAACCACUCCUCUCCUCCUCCGCACCCAAACCCUCUCUACUUUCUCUCUCCUCAUUCGAUUCCAAGCUCUUUGGUCUCCGCAUAUCUAACCCUGACUUCUUCAAUUCCACCUCCCAUUUCUCCGCCCUCCGCUGCUCCAUCUCCGCCCGCUACGGCGGCGGAAGCGGAGGAGGCUCCUCUCGGUCGGGUUCCGGUGAUUAUAGGCGGUCGAAGCAAAGCAACUCCGACGAUGAUCAAGCUCUCGAUAUGUCCACCGUAAGGUCGGAUACUGUGAGACUAAUUGAUGCACAGCAGAAUAUGGUGGGAGUGGUGUCUAAAAAUGAGGCUGUUCAAAUGGCUCUAGAUGCUGAACUUGACCUGGUAAUAUUAUCGCCAGAUGCAGAUCCACCAGUUGUUAGAAUAAUGGAUUACAAUAAAUAUAGAUAUGAACUGCAAAAGAAGAAAAGGGAACAACAGAAGAAAAGUAUUGCCAACAGGGUGGAUUUGAAGGAGCUCAAGAUGGGUUACAACAUCGAUGUGCAUGAUUAUACUGUGCGUUUGAAAGCUGCACGGAAGUUUCUGAAUGAUGGAGACAAGGUUAAGAUUAUAGUGAACUUGAAGGGCCGUGAAAAUGAGUUCAGAAAUAAUGCUAUUGAGCUUAUAAGGCGUUUUCAGAAUGAUGUUGGGGAGCUUGCAACUGAGGAGAGCAAAAACUUCAGGGACAGGAACAUAUUUAUAGUUUUGGCUCCUAAUAAGGCUGUCGUACAGAAAGCUCAAGAACCACCAAAGAAAAAGGAAAAAUCAGCAGUGAAUGAGGUUUCGGCUGGUGUUUGAAGGCACUCAGAAGAGUUGUGAUGGCUUUUGAAGGUAGAUCAAUCAAAUCAGCAUAUAGACAUAGUUUAUAUUCUUCUCCAAACCAGAGAUCUCACAAUCUUGUAUAGCAUGAGUGUAAUAUAAUUUGUACAAGAAUAUCUGUGUUUGAUCUUAAUUACAAAAAACCAGCAUUUUGAGCUCUAAUUGUACUAACAUCUGGUAGGAGCACCUAGUAAUUGACAUUCGUUUUAUUAUUCCCUUUAUAAAAUGAAAUAGAAUCCAUGUAAUCUGAGGUACUUUUUGUUUUUUAUUUUUUAGUUGUUUAUAAUAAACUCUGGAUUCUACAUGAA